UAUUCUGGACAGCAGCUCAUCCUCCCUUUGAGUCUCCUGGCUCUGGAAACAGUUCUAGCUUGCCAUUCUUCACUAUGGGCUUCAGACUCAGACCUACAUCCUCCUGCACCAGGGUUAGCCCACUUCAUAACCUGCAGGUCUUGCUGCUGCUGGGCCUGAUCCUCGCUGCUCUGACUCCUUUUGCAGUUGGAAAACCUAAUGACAUGGAUCCAUAUCUUGAACUGCGCUGCAGAUGUACGAAUACGGCUUCUGGAAUCCCACUCAAUUCUAUCUCCUUUGUGAAUGUGUUCAGGCCAGGAGUUCACUGUGCCAAAGUGGAAGUGAUAGCCACAAUGAAGACUGGAGAGAAAAUAUGCUUGGACCCAACUGCCCCUGCCAUCAAGAAAAUUGUCAUGAAAGUAUUGGAAGGUUAUUGACCAGCUGCUUCCUUCGCCUGUGCCAAGGCAUCUUACUGCACAGGAGGGGUGAAGGGUUUGAACGCUGGACUUUGUAGACUUAUUCUCUACUUUGACUUUGGGACAUUCUCUCAUCCUGUCUCAGAAAUCACAUUACAUUCUGGGAAGAUGUGUUAAAGAAUUUCACAGCAAACAAACAAUGAUGAAAAUGAGCAAGCCAAGUUGUAACCUGAAAUUUAUUGUAUAUUUCUGCAAUUCUUGGCCAAACAUUGCAUUGUGUGUUCUGCAUUUCUUUCUUUGAGCUUUUCUUUCUGAAUGUACUAUGUCAAGUUUUCAUUCUGUAUUUCUAAAAGUUAUUUCUUUAGUUUUGAGAUUAUAAUUAUAUCACUCCUCCCUUCUUUUUUCUCCCUCCAAACCUUUCUAUAUACCUUUCCUUGGUAUCUUUCAAAUCCAUGGCUGCAUUGUUUUCAUUGAGCAUUGUUAUAUACAUGUAUAUUGGUCAACUGUAAUAGAAAUCACCUGGAGCCACACAGAGCAUUUUUGCUCUGGUCAUGACCAUAUUUUUCUAGUGUCUUAUCCCUAGAAUGCUUUGUUUCCAAGCAACCUCUGCAAUGCUUUGCAACAUGUGUUUUAACCUUGAAACUGAACACAAUAAAGUCAUAGAAAGUGAA